GAAGUCUGUACCCCAGCAAGAGUGUUACUAUCGAUGUCAUGGUCACCAACAACACCGACAUGUGUGAGGCAUGGGCCGAGGAACAACUCAGGAAAGGUACCACACUCUACGGGUUUGAAACCAAAUGGUGGACAUACCUGGAGCGUGGGGCUUACUAUUCUGACAGCUAUCCUGAACAAUGGGCAGAGCUUGCAUUGUUUCAACUGGCAGCGGGUAGCAAGGUGUUACUGGUGCAGCCACUGGACAUGCCUGUGGAGAAGCUGGGUCCCAGAUUCCGACAGAUACUCAAGCACAAGAGAUUAAAGAAGGCUGGAUAUGGUGUGAUGCCGAAGUCACGGGCUAUGAAGAUGUGUGAAGUGCCUAUCCAUGGUGUACACGACCAUUUUGAAGUGUUGAAAAGGACGCUGCAGAUGAGCUCCAAAAAUGAUCUGCCCAAGAAGGUGGCACAACAGGAUUUUGCAGGAUUGACCCAGUCAUGCCUUGGACUUCAGCUUUCCCCCGAGUUUCUCCUACAAGGGCAUUGGGAGGCGGAGAACCUGGGCGAAGAUCAGAUGGAGUUUGCGGCCAAAGAAGCCUUUGCUGCCUGGGCCCUCUAUGGCGUGCUGUCACGGAUGACGCCCGAUCUGGUUGAGGAGUGGGCCAGCUGGAUACCCCAAGCUUACACUGAAGGUUGGAUUAGUCAACAGAAGAAGGCACGGAAACAGAUGCUUGCAGAGAAAGCAGUGCUGUUGCCUUAUGUGCGGGAGGCCGAGGAAAGGAAAAGGAAAAGGAAGUCGCCAUCGCGCACAGCGAAAGACGCAUCAGUUGAUCUUCUGCACGAUAUAGCAGGGGACCUCAUAAACGACUCAGUCUUCGACCAUGACACCCUAUUGUUCCAAACUCGUGGCGAUGCGAUGUGA